CUGCUUUGUCCCUCCAACCGAUAUCUCUCAUCCUCACCCUCUACGUUAUUUCGCCACCAAAUACCUCCCCCUUAAUCCCGUGUAUCUCCUGUUAUUUGUCGCACCAGUAUAAUGGUUUCCCGUCGGUUUGUUUCGUUUCUUUCGGCGGCGUGCAUGUCCAGCUCACUGGUCCUGUCGCUGGAGACAAAGAUGCCCUCAUAUGACCUGUCCCAGGUGAAGGGUGGCCAGCUUAUCAAAAACGGGCGGCCGACAUACUGCGCAAUUGCCCCGAUUGAUAACAUGAGCGCCUAUGUGAGUGCCGACUGUCUCGAAUAUGUUGGAGGCAAGAUAAAAACCUCCGUCAACUAUCAGGUUGCUGUCAAUGACGCCUACGAUGGAGCGCAAGGGAAGUUUAACGUGAGCUAUGUGACCGUACACCCGAGCUACGACCCCAAGACAAAGGCCAACAACAUCGCCAUCCUGGAGUUUAACCUCGGUCAGGCGGAGACCUGGAGCAACCGCAACGCGUUUUACUUCCCGCAGUGGACGAGCGUUGUCUACGCACAGCGCAACGUGACCAACGUGGAAAGCUUGACCUGGGACACGCAUACAGCUGGCGCCAACAUCUACAACUCAACUGAGUGCAGCACGGCCUCGCCACUGUUUGCCGAGAACAAGUACGACCUCUUAUGCAGCACAACCAUUAUGAAGCCUAACAAAUCGGCUACAUGCGACAUGCCGUACGGAGUCGUUUACGCUACUGUCAACGACACGUACUAUCAGGCCGGGCUCUUUAGUCAUACGGCUGUCUAUGGCGGCUCAGACCUAUGUUCGUACAGCAAGCAGUAUACCUACUACACGCUGCUGGCAAACUAUGUGAUGUUUGCGGCUAUCACGCUUAACCGUACGGUGUAUUUCACUCUACCGUACAACAACAUGACACCGUCAGUUAGCGGCGAGUACUCGAUGAAUGUUCCCAAGUCAGUUGAUGUCAGCGGCGUCACCUAUGUCGGAGGCGAUUUCUAUGCCCGUCUGAGUGAACUGGGUUCGAGUAUGAGCUCUGCCUCGUCGCCUUCGGGCACAGAAACGGCUGGCUCAUCUCCGACCAGCUCGCAAGGUCCUAGCAGUGAAAGCAGCGCCAACAAAUCGUCAGGUGGCACGUCCAACAAAACGACCAUUAUUAUCGCCGUCUGUGCUUCGCUUGGAUCUGUGCUUCUGAUUGUCGCGGCCUUCUUCCUGUACAAGUGGAUCCGGCGGAUUAAUAACGAGCGCAAGUGGGGUCCUGAUGAAGAGAACGCCCAGCUGACCAUGAUUGCAAAUGACCUUGGCGGUGCUGAGAUGCCUAACGCUCAGAAUACAUCCAGUCUACAGCAGCAACAGCAGCAGCAACAGCAGCAACCACAGCCGCCGCCAUCGAACAUUGUGCACCAGUCUAUUUCGCAAGAGGAGCUCCAACAGGAAAUCGAGCAGGUCCAGCCUGAGCCAGACCUCCCCACAUAUAAUGAUGCUAUCAGUGUCGCAAACAUUAUCAACGGGAAACGCAGAUAAAAGUGUCGUAUUUGAAGUACAUCCACGCCAAUAAAACUCUAGUUAUUAAAUAUAAAGA